ACCGGCAAUCAGCAGUCGGUGACGAUCGUUUCGUGCGCCACGACACGGGAAUAUCGAAUAGAUAGAAGGGAAGAUCCGUGGAAAAGUUUCGAAUUUUCGUGCAAAUGCUGAUUGAUUCGUCGAACUUGGUUCGAUGAUCGAUGGAGGACUGAUUAAUCGCGAUGAUAUAGAAGCGAUGAAGAAACGCGGCAACAAUGAAAACAAGGGUGGAAAGGGUCGACAAAACGAGACGAAAGAUUCAGAGAAGAAAAAUGAUAAGAAGAACGAUAAGAAUUCAGAGAAGAAAAAUGUUUCGUUAGACGAGUAUAACGAAGGUUUCAGCGAGUGGCUGAGAUCUAGCGAUGGUUUCGAUACGAUGCGACUCUUUGUCGUUGCUAAUUCUAUCAUGAUCUUCGUCACGAUGGGAAUACCGAAAAUACAGGAAAUUAUCAGUAUUAUCAAAGAUUAUUACUAUGAAACGUAAAUGACAACUUCAGAUUUUGAGAGACAAAAAUGUUUCUCGUUAUGUGCCAUAUAUAUCAAUGAGAACGAUGCAAUCGAUAUUUCCAUUCGCGUUUCCAUUAAAAAUUCGAUAUUUGACGACUACGAAUGCAAAUUAUCCUUUAUUUCCUGAGAACAUAAACUCUAGACUCACAAUCGUAUCGACGUAACACGUAACAUGAAUCAAAGAUAGUAAUGAUACAGA